GGCGGAUGUUGUGAGUGAGCUCUGCUGUGCUGGGUACAGUAGUAGUAGCUGCGGUAGUAUCUGUAGUGGAUCAGAUCUCUGUAUUGGAGACUACACAAGAAGAGUUGGAGCGGAUUUAGCUUUAACUGGAGAAUCAGCUUUUAAAUUAAACACCAAAAUACAUCAAAUAUUUACUCCCUCUGUUCUCAGUAAACUCCAGCAGCGCCUCAAUAACGUUACUAAGCUUCAGUGCGCGGCGGAGGGCUGAAAGCUGAAGGGCUGGAGAAGUUUCUAGCAGCGGAGGGUGAAUCGUGUGAGCAGCCAUGGUUCAGCUCCAUGUUAAGCGAGGAGAGGAGAGCCAGUUUCUCUUCAACACCACCGCAGAUAUUCCCAUAGAGACCCUGAUCCAGCAGAUCACUGAUAUCUACAACAGCAGACUGAAGGUGGACAGGAUCUGCUCUGAAAUCCCAGAACUUGCAGAUCAUGGCAUCACACUUCCCCCCAACAUGCAGGGCUUAACAGAUGAUCAGAUCAUAGAUCUGAAACUGAAGGACGAGUGGGAAGAAAGGUGCACCCCCAGCGGUGGAGCAGAGUUCAAUAAGGACGAAAUUGGACGGAGGAAUGGACAUGCUCCCAAUGAAAGAAUGAAGACUGUUUUGAGGAAAACUCUGGAAGAGGCCAAAGCUCUGAUAUCUAAAAAACAAGUGCAGGCAAAUGUGUGUGUUACCAUGGACCUGGUGAAAGAGGCCCUGGACCAGUUGAGAGGAGCAGUCAUGAUAGUUUACCCAAUGGGGCUCCCACCACAUGAUCCCAUCAGGAUGGAGUUGGAAAAUAAGGAGGACCUUUCUGGAACACAGGCCUCUCUGCAAGUGCUCUCAGAGGAAGAGGCUCAGCUGUGGUGGGCAUCUAAAGAAAUGCAACGUGGCAAAAAACUGCAAGAUUACACUGGAAAAAAUGAGAAAACUAAGAUUGUAGUGAAGCUUCAAAAAAGGGGUGAGGGGGCACCAUCACGAGAGCCUCUGGUCAGUCAGGAAGAUCAGAAACAGAUGAUGUUGAACUACCACCGGAGGCAGGAGGAACUCAAGAAGCUGGAUGAAGCAGAGGACGAUUCCUAUUUACAGUCUGAGUGGUCCGACAGGCAGGCUUUGAAGAGGCAAUUUCAGGGACUUUCCAAUAUCAGAUGGGGUCCAAAAUAAAUGGACAGGAUAAACUUUGUUUCAAAGCCGAGAAGAUCUGCUGAGACGCCUUAUCCUCCCAAAUGUGGACAAACAAACCAGAUGUCUUCUUAUGCUGUGAAUCCACAAUAUUUUAGAUCUAUUUUUUUGUAUUUUGUGGAAGAUUGUAAAUAGGGUGUGUCAUUUAAAUGUGAAUUCUAAACAGUCAUGAAUUAGUAAUAAUUACACAGAAAGACACAGAAGUAUUUUUUGUUUCUCCAGUAUGUGCUGAAAGAAGGAUGCAACACCUUUCCUCUCUUUGUCUGUGGUGCUGGCACUCUUUCCACUGAAACCCAAUGCUGUUUACGGGCAGGAUGUUACAGCACAAGCUUCAGGGCCUCCAGUUCAUCCAAAGAGUGGAAUUGUUGAACAUUUCAGGUCCUCAAAGCUAAUGAAAUACAGCAUGGAUUGUGAGGUGUGGUGUUAUAAGAAGAACGUAGUCCUUUUAUUCUAAUUCAAAACAAAAUAAAUCUUUAAAAGUGUGAAAUAAAGGACUUUUGGUUUUGAUUUAGAA